CAAUGGACCUUGCAAGUGGCUCUCCGUUGGGCCGCAGGAUGAAGAGCGAGCGGGAGAGAAGCGACUGGCAGCGACACCGGGCAGACGAUGAACUGGCAACCGUGGUGGUGAAGCAGGGGUGUCUGAGCCCCGAACCAGUCGCGCGCUUCCGGCCCGAUGUCCCAGCCUCUAACCCGUCCUCGCCUGGUGCUGAGUCAGGCUGCGGUGGCCACCGCGGGAAUCGAGCCCGGGGAGGGAGUCGGUCCCCAGUCAAAAAGAAAAACAAGUUCUCAGAGAUAAGUAAGUCUUCACGGACUGAGAGAAGUCGGAGUCUCCACUACGCCACGGUUAAAGUGAAGCAGGAACAUGAGGACCAUUCAUGGAGAGAAGGAGAGGAUCGACAGCAGCGGGAGCCAUCAGAACAGGAACAAAGGAGAGCUCAUAGUAACAGGGAGAGAGAUCUGCACCGGGGCCAUUCCCGCCAAAGAAGGAUCUCUGGUGAGAGGCACAUCAGUGGGCAGGGUCGGGACCGAGAUAGCCAGAUUCCGCAGGUCCAGGAAAAAGAGAGGGAUUUUUGUAAUGCCAGGCGUUUGGAGUAUCACCAGCAGAAUGAAGGAGCUCGCGGUGGAGCUCAGGAGGUGAUCCCUUGCCCUACUGGUAACAGAAGCAAAGAGGUGUCUGUCAAAGAAAAACCAACCUUCGAACUUUCUGGGGCACUUCUUGAGGACACCAAUACCUUCCGGGGUGUGGUUAUUAAGUAUCACGAACCCCCAGAAGCACGGAUCCCCCCAAAACGGUGGCGUCUCUACCCCUUUAAAAAUGAUGGGCUACUUCCGGUCAUGUUCAUCCAUCAGCAGAGUGCUUACCUUCUGGGUCGAGAUCGCUGCAUCUCCGACAUUCCCAUCGAUCAUCCGUCUUGCUCAAAGCAGCACGCAGUCUUCCAAUACCGGCUUGUGGAGUACACUCGAGCUGACGGCACAGUUGGUCGAAGAGUGAAGCCCUACAUCAUUGACCUUGGCUCAGGCAACGGAACCUUCUUGAAUAACAAGCGUAUUGAGCCACAUAGUAGAUACUAUGAACUGAAAGAAAAAGAUGUCUUUAAAUUUGGGUUCAGUAGCAGAGAAUACGUCUUGCUCCAUGAGUCUUCAGACACCUCUGAAGUAGACAGGAAGGAAGAUGAGGAUGACGAGGAGGAAACGGUGACUGCUAGGAUCUGA